UGCGGGGGCUCAAAUUAAUUUCGGUCAAGUGGAUCAAAUUUUAGGCUGCUUAUGUUUUAUUAAUUUUUCGCCGUUUUCUAGUUUAAUUUGCUUUAAAUUGUUUCUAUUUUUGUAACUGCAGUAUGUUUCAAGUAAAAUUUAUGUUAUUUUAGUAAAUUUUCAAGUUAAACUUCGUUUAAUCACAAUUUCGCGAACCGGAAAUGAUUAGGCCUGAGGGCACUUAAGCCAGUGACAGUCCAGCGAGCGUAGCGUUAUACCAAACUCCGUUUGAACUAGUAUUGACCCGUUGGUUCGUAAAGCAGGCGUUUCGCCAUGUGGAAGCUGUGCAACGUCAGCCGCAACCAGUACUUCCUGGUGGGGCUGCUGGUCGGCUUCCUGUACAGCUACUACAUGCCCCAGGAUCUGACGGAGAUCGUAACGGAGUGUCCGGAGGCGACGGAGCGGGAACACCUGCUGGCGGAGGACGCCAAGUACGGGAGCGAGUUUGAGCCGCAGUUGAAUUUGGAGCAGAAGCCGAUGACGGCCCGAAAGCAGGUGAAGAACAUUGUGAGGCCUCGGUACUACUACACGGAGCUGGGGAUCCGGGAGAAGUUGUUCGUGGGGGUGAUGACCACCCAGGAGAACAUCGACUCGCUGGCGACGGCCAUUAAUAGGACGUCGGCCCAUCUGGUGAACAAGAUCAAGUUCUUCAUCAAUGCGGAUAAUGUAAAGGCAAAUUUUAAACUGAAGAACAUCGUUGGCUUUACGGACACGAGGGAGAAUCUGAGACCGUUUCACGUGCUCAAGUACAUUGCGGACAACUAUCUGGAUGAUUACGACUACUUCCUGCUGGUAUCGGACACUGGAUAUGUGAAUGCACGCCAGCUUCGGGAAACGCUGUCUCACAUUAGCAUUAGCUUCGACGUUUACAUGGGAACUCCGCAUGGGACGACUUUCGACGAGGAAGAGCCGGAUCGGCCAUCGGAUGCGCAGUACUGCGACCUGCAUGCCGGAAUCGUGCUCAGUAGCAGCGUCAUCCGCAAGAUCCGCGCAAAUUUGGACUGGUGCGUCCGGAAUUCGGUGUCCAACCAGCACAACCUGAACAUAGGACGUUGCGUCAAGUACUCGAGCAAGAUUGACAGCUGCCAAAGCUCGUGGCAGGGCAUCAACGUGACAAGCUACAAGCUCAACAGCUACAAAAUCUACCGCGAUCUUCACAUGAUCAAGCACGAGGCGGCCUUCAACCGAGCAUCGGUGAUCUACCCGAUCACGACCGCCGAUGACUUCUACCUCUUGCAUGCGUAUUUCUCCCGCGUUCACCUCGAGCAAAUCAACGCGGCCAAAGAGCAAAUCCACCAGGAAGCAUCAGCCAUCUCGAACGGCACCCUCUCCAACGACAUCCUGGAAGUGCGCUGGCCACUUGGCGUGCCCAAACCGAACCCCUCCGAGUCCCGGCACGACAUCAUCCCGUGGACCCAUCUCAACCUGACGCACUCCUUCAUGUACACCUCGGAGAUCAACGUGCGGCCGCUCUCGUCCGUUGACGCCGAAGACAUGCAGAACAUCCUCAACAAAACCAUCCUCGAGGCUCACCGCUCCAACCCUCAGCUCGAAUACCGUGGCCUGCACUCCGCGUACCGCAAGUUCGACGCCGUCCGCGGCAUGGACUACCGGAUGCACCUGAGUUUCUACGAUCGUGGCCGGCGCGAGCACGUCCUCAAGAGCUUCGAAGUGGUCAAACCGAUCGGUCUCAUCGAGAUCGUCCCAUCGCCCUACGUAACCGAAAGCACGCGAAUCGCCAUUCUCCUCCCGACGCUCGAGCACCAGGUCCACGACGCGGAGCAGUUCGUGCAGCAUUACGAAAAGACCUGCAUGGACAACCAGGACAACACCUUCCUCAUGCUGAUCUUCUACUACCGCGCGGAAACGCCCAGCAAAGGCGACGAGGACGUGUUCUUACCGCUGAAGAACCUAGCCCUGACCCUAACCGAUCGUCACAAGCAGGACGGCUCCCGAAUCGCGUGGGUUUCGAUCCGCCUCCCACCGGAACUGACCACCCCCUUCAACCCAAACAACCUGCUCUCCACCUCGAUGUACGGUUCGGCCCCGCAACAACUGCUCAGCUUUGCCGCCGCCGAUCUCGCCCUGCGCAAGAUCGGCCUCGACAGCCUGGUCAUGAUCUGCUCGGCCGAGGCCACCUUCCGGUCGGACUUUCUGAACCGCGUCCGCAUGAACACGAUCGCCGGCUUCCAGGUGUUCAGCCCGAUCGCGUUCCGGCAGUACCCGUGCGGCUGGACCAAACUGUGCAAGGAGUGCGACGGCUGCGACGUGGGCCAAAGCACCGGCUACUUUGACCGGGCCAACUACGACGUGGUCGCCUUCUACAGCCGCGAUUACGUGGACGCGCGCAAGCUGCUCGAGCAGCCCCCCCUCGUGCGCAGCGAUCGCGACAUCGUGAACCUGCUCAACUACACGCAGGAUGCGAUCGGGUCACCGCUGGAGCGGAUCGAAAACGUGGCGGAGAUGUUUGUGCGGGCGAGCGGGAAGAUCCACGUGCUGCGCGGAAUCGAGCCGAAUCUGCGGCUGGGACGGGCCAUGGAGCACUUUCUGGCGGAGGUGGAUCCCGAGGGGGAGCAGCUGCAACGGCUGAGGUGCGAGGAGCAGACGGAUCAGCGCGAUCGGUGCGUGAGGAUCGCGUCGAAGAAGCAGAUCGGGGACGUGCUGGUGCAGCACGAUGGCGCCGAUGGCCGGGAGAAUGAGGUGAAGAAGUGAACGAUUGCUGGCGCACAUAAGAAGCAUUUAGCGUUUAGGACAUUAUUUUUUUUACUUUUCGAUGGGAAACUCUUGCCAAAUAACCGAUUCUUCAUCAGUGUGGGUGUCUGCCAAACUAGUGUUGUAAGAUUAUUAGUGCUAAACAAUCUACACGAUUCAUGACCUAUUUUUCCGUAACAUUUUCUGCAGGAAGAUAUUUUAAAUAGAUAGAAUAAUAAAAAUCAAGUGCCUUUCUACUAGUGUA